CUAUUCCAGUCUGUUUUUGUUUUGACUGUUUACCGUGGAGCUCCUCUCUCCUCCUGGUCAGGAGACGUCCCUGCUGAAAAGAGGCUGCCAGCCGCCGUUCUGCGCUUCGUUCCUAGAAAAAGAAAAACCAGGAGAAGGAUGGCGUCCGACUCUCCUCGCAGACCGAGCCGCUGUGCUGGGGGAGUUUUGGUGCGAGCGCAAGCUGUAACGGAGCAGUCGUACAUGGAAAGUGUUGUCACCUUCCUGCAGGACGUGGUCCCUCAGGCAUAUACUGGGGCUCCCCCUACUGACGAGAAAGAGAAAAUCAUCUGGGUACGAUUUGAGAAAGCUGAUAUCAAUGACACUGCACGUAACCCAGAGUUUCUGGAGAUGCACAGUGGCACCUCGGACCCUCCUCUCAGCCUCAUGAUCGGUUACACUGAUGGCAUGCAGAUCUGGAGCAUAUCUUUGGCAGGAGAAGCCCAGGAGCUGUUCUCUGUGCGUCAUGGACCUGUGCGAGCUGCUCGGAUUCUUCCUGCUCCUCACAUCAGUCCUCUGAAAACAGACGGCUUUGCUGAGAAGAGACCGUUGCUGGUGGUCUGCAAGAGUGCAGGCUCCUCAGGGACAAGCCCCCCUUAUUGUUGUGCUGACCUGUAUUCUUUACGGACAGGGGAAAUGGUUAAAUCAAUUCAGUUCAAGACUCCAAUCUAUGAUCUACACUGCAACAAACAUAUUCUUGUGGUAAGCCUUCAAGAGAAGAUUGCAGCCUUUGACAGCUGCACCUUCACCAAGAAGUUCUUUGUUACAAGCUGCUAUCCCUGCCCUGGUCCCUGCCUCAAUCCAAUAGCUCUUGGAAGCCGCUGGCUCGCCUACGCUGAGAACAAGUUAAUAAGAUGUCACCAGUCUCAUGGAGGAGCCUGUGGCGACAACGCACAGUCUUAUACAGCUACAGUGAUCAAUGCUGCCAAA